UAGGUCGGAUUGAAGCUACCCCUGUCAAGAUGGCGGCGCCCGUGUCCGUUAGAGCUGGAGCGGGUCGGGGUGACGGGGAGCAGGAGAGGGGAGGCCGGGAAGAGGGGCCCGAGGGCCGGCUGGAGCUCAGGGAGAUCCGCUGCCGGGUGGAGAGGAUGAAGAGGGAGGUGAGGAACCGCAGGAAGAUCCUCAUCAAAGGCCUCCCGGGGGACAUCAGCAACCAGGUGAGUGACUGGUCGCUGGGCAUCAUGGGAAACGGCCCCGGGGGGCCACACUGGGACAACAACAAUCAGGGGCCAUAAACGGGGAUAUAUAUAUAUAUAUAUAUACACCUUGGAACCCAAAACAUGGCUGGCUCUCAUCCCCCACUGCUAACAUGGAACCCAAAACAUGGCUGGCUCUCAAUCCCCCUCCCUCCCCCACUGCUAACAUGGAACCCAAAACAUGGCUGGCUCUCAUUCCCCCAUUGCUAACAUGGAACCAAAAACAUGGCUGGCUCUCAUCCCACCCACCCCCCACUGCUCAAACCAUGGUUGGCUCUCACCCCCACUGCCAAAACCAUGGCUGGCUCUCACCCCCACCGCUAACAUGGAACCCAAACCAUGGCUGGCUCACCCCCCACUGCUAACAUGGAACCCAAACCAUGGCUGGCUCUCACCCCCACUGCUAACAUGGAACCCAAAACAUGGCUGGCUCUCAUCCCCCCCACUGCUAACAUGGAACCUCUCAUCCCCCCCAACUGCCAUGGCUGGCUCUCACCCCCCACUGCUAACAUGGAACCCAAACCAUGGCUGGCUCUCAGCCCCACUGCUAACAUGGAACCCAGAACAUGGCUGGCUCUCAGCCCCACUGCUAACAUGGAACCCAGAACAUGGCUGGCUCUCAGCCCCACUGCUAACAUGGAACCCAGAACAUGGCUGGCUCUCAGCCCCACUGCUAACAUGGAACCCAGAACAUGGCUGGCUCUCAGCCCCACUGCUAACAUGGAACCCAGAACAUGGCUGGCUCUCAGCCCCACUGCUAACAUGGAACCCAGAACAUGGCUGGCUCUCAGCCCCACUGCUAACAUGGAACCCAGAACAUGGCUGGCUCUCAGCCCCACUGCUAACAUGGAACCCAGAACAUGGCUGGCUCUCAGCCCCACUGCUAACAUUUUACAUUUUGUUGUGAAUUCACAAUGGUUCUCACUGGUUAUUAAUGCUGUGUGUGCAGUUUGUGGAGUAACUGGCUAACAGGAGUGUUUUACCCCUUUCAGAGAGCUGUCUGAAAGGCUCUUUUACACACACUCUCUGGAUAAGUCAUGUAAACGGGUCACACCCAAAGAUCUAUUAAAUCACACUUUAAAAACUUCUUGUGUGUUUUUAAUAAGGACACGUCAUGAUUCACUUUUAUUCCAGAAGUUUGGUCCUUAAAGGGUUAAAUUCACCAGAUAUUUGUCCCUCUAGUCUAGUGAGUCUAAAGAAUUUCUUAAUGAUUGGGGGGGGGAUGAGGAUCAGGUCUGAUAGAAACAGACACCUUUCUCACUGAGGGUCAUAAUGUUGUGCAAGGAUCAGUGAUGGGGGAAGGGGAUCAAAAACAAAAAAGCAAUCCAUGAAGAUGAUAGAGAUCUCUCAUUUUGCUUGCAGUAACGGAUUAGGGUUUGCUAAUGGGUGCAGGUAGCUCUGGAAAGCUUGCAACCUAAUCCAAUUCGAACUGGUCCAAUUAGAGAAGGAAAAAAAAGAUCCUCAAGUAUUGUGAAAUAAUUGAUCAUACACGAUCUCUCUGAUCUACUAAGCCUGCUCAGUAGGACUUGACUGUUAAGGAGGACAAUUCUUGCUAUAUCUACCAUGUCAAACUUUUUUUUUUUUUUUUUUUUUUUAAAUCUACAUACUAUAAUCACAGAAUUACCAGUACUUGUAUGCAUGGAAAACCCAUUGGGGGUGGGGGGAUAAAAAUAAUCAGGAUUGACAUCACUCUAGGCCGAUUGUGCUUUUGAGGAGGUCUGUCCUUGCACUGGGAACAAAAGUGUAAUCUUUUGUUUAGCACAGUGGAGAAAUAAAAAUAAAUAAAUUCCACUGACGUGUAUUUUUAAUUUAAUGUUUUAGGAUGUUUAAAUGACAAAGACCCUUACACCUCACUAAGAUUAAAACAUUCUUGUUGAUCUAAGUCCUUAAUCACUAGUAUGUUUGUAUAUAAUCUGUUCUCUUUUUAUUUGCUCAUCUGGGAUGACACCAGCAAGGUAACAGGUUGACUAACGGUUUAUUCAUUUGUGUAACGUCACUUUGCAUUUGAAUAAGUCUUUGCUUUAACAUCACAUUGCUCUGUUUUCCAUACAGCUGCUUGCUGCUGCCCCUUUUGUAUGUGUUCCAUUCAGUCGUAUGAUUAGCAUGCGCCCCUUUCAGCGCCCCCUUGACAAUGGGAUUCUGCGCGAAUUCCACCAGCCCCUGACCUAUGCUUGAUGCUUUCAGCUGACUGUCCACCUAACUGGAUGCCUCAUCCACCCUACCAGUAUCCAGAAAUCUGGAAACCUGUAUCAGAACAGUCAAAAAGCUAAAUCUGUUCAUCUUGUGCAAACAGUCUUGCUGUGACCAAAAGCCUGAAUCAGCCUUUCACAGAUCUAACCAAAAAAUAGAGCCUAGAGUUGGUGCCAGCUCCGGGCCAGUUAAUUAUACUGUGAAUUGACCUGAAUGUCUCUUAAAUUUCCAUCCUCACAGACUUAUUGGUACAAAAGUUCCUUUAUACCACAGUGGAGUGACUGUACAGCGCUCCCUCACAUAUAACGAAUAUAAUCUAUUAAACUGAAUUAUUCCUAAACUUUCAAUGCCUGGUUUAGAGGACCCUGCCUACAAAGCGAACUCCCAGUGGCAGUAUGACCUGUCUGCUUAUUUUGAAAAGCUGUAGCAAUCAAAAGACCUUGUGUAUAUUUGCUAGUCCGUUACUCUUUAUAUGCACUAUUCACGAAGUUUGUGGCUUUUUUUUUUUUUUAUCUAAAAUUUCCCAUCAGUACUGCAAACAUUCUUGUGACUAUACUGCUCUCAAAUUAUUGUAAAAGUAUAUCCCCACUGUGUGCUUGGUCUUUCUCACUCAUACAUUAACUUCAAUACAAAAAGUGUGGCAAAAGUCACAGACCCCUUGCAUAAGAUUGCACUGACCUGUAACCUGUGCUUUUUGCAGGAAGUCCAUGACCUUCUUGGGGAAUACGAGUUGAAAUACUGUUUUGUGGAUAAAUACAAAGGCACUGGUAAGUGUAAUGGCUUUUAUAUUUAUGCUGCAGUUUACUCUCUUCUUGUGUCAUUGUAACCAUAACACUGCCACCAUGAAUCUUAUACCAGUUAAGCUCACUGAAUAUAGUGGGAAAUGAUUUUUUUUUUAUUACAUAUUCUUGUAUCAUAAGGCUAAGUUAACAUAUUUAAAAAAAAACAAAAAAAAAAAACUUUUUUUUUAAAAAGAUUCCUGACCAUAAAUUGACAGUUUGCUAUGCAGUGAAAGGUAACCAUUGGUUACCUGAAAAUGUCCCUCACGUAAUUUUCCACCGAAAGACUGAUUUCACCCUUUACACUUCAUCUGCCAGAGCUGACAUUAAUGCCAUCUACUCCACUGAUGUCUAGAGGAUUGUUGUACCCUCCAUAGACUAAGCCUUUCACUAGUGACUGCUGGUGGCUUGAGUGCAGUAGCUCUGCCUACUUGUCCGGUAUAAAAAAAAAAUAAAUAAGACAAAAUAGUCCCUACGCUGUCUUGUGUUGGCGUUUCAGUGAAAUGUCAAAUGUGCUUUCCAUAAAGAUUUUUAUCUGAAAUGCUUGUAACUGUGACAGAGCUGCUUUUAAUUUAGGAUUGAGUGUAAAUGUAUACAGAAUUAACAAUUGUAAUGUUGACCUUCAUCUUGAUGGUAUCUCUAGUAAGGAGUAUAUUAUAAAGCAAUAUGACUGUCUGUGCCAUGCUAUUCCUUUACAGCAGGCAACUUGAUCUACAGAUUUUCAUGCUCUGCAGCACUUAACUUUGUAUUUGGCCACUUGUUUCUAGCAUCAGAUUACGUUUUUUUUCUAUUUAAUACAUCUAUCGCUGCAAAGUGAGCAGUCAGAUAACUUAAAAUCCUGAUGCUUGUCCCUCUAGGGUGAGGUUUGACUAUUGUUUGUAGUAUAGUCAGAACAUGGCAGCUGUUUGUAUCACUGGCAGGAUCUUGAUGCGUAUUGCCAAACCCUAGCUUACGGAGUGAUCUCAGCAAGGGAUGCUGGAGUACCAAAUAACCCUCGUAUCUAAACUAAAGGGCUGUUUUCCAUUACAACUAUGCAGAGUAGAAAAUGCUACAAGACAGCACAUUUUAAUGCUAGUUCACUUUUUAAGGUCUUAUUGACAUCUUAUUGUUAAUAUAAUAUUAAUCAGGGUCAUGCAUGACUUACUUAUGUUUAUUGUCAGACGUGUUUUGUUUUGGUUUUUUUUUUUUCACCGUCUUACAAUCUGCACUGUUGUAUGUGUUCUAAUUUUGAAAGCUACAAAGUCUUCACGUGUAUUAUCUCCUUCCACCAUCAGCCUUUGUAACGCUGCUCAAUGGAGAGCAGGCUGAAUCCGCCAUUCGCUGCUUCCACCAAACUCGUCUACGUGAACGAGAGAUAUCUGUGCAGCUUCAACCAACAGACGCCCUCCUGUGCAUCGCUAACCUGCCCCAAGGCUACACUCAGCAGCAGUUUGAAGACCUAGUCCGCCCAUUUGGUAACCUCGAGCGAUGUUUCCUGGUAUACAACGCUGCCACUGGCCACCCCAAAGGAUAUGGAUUUGUAGAGUACAUGAAGAAGGACUCUGCUUCCCGUGCCAAAUCAGACCUGCUUGGACGUCAGCUGGGAUCUCGCACUCUGUAUGUCCACUGGUCAGAUGUCAGUCAGCUAAGCUAUGAUUUGCUUCACUCUCAUUGCUUGUGUGUGGAGCAGUUAAAGGAGUGUGAUGUUGGAGAGCUUAAAGAGGCAUUCUCAAAGGUUUGCGUACCCAUCUUCUGCCAGGUAGGACAAAGCUGUAAUAAGAACGGUUUCUGCUUUUGUGGUGAUGCUAAUGAAACAUUUUGUGUAAUUUGUUGUAAGAGAUGCUGCAUGUGUCCUUGGUUCUAUGUAGAAAAGUAAAUUAUAUCCACUAUAAGUGAACAAACAAAUUGUUUGUAUUUAAGGUAAACUUAUGGUUCUAUUAAGUUUGAGUGGUCCUUUUAAUUUUAAAGGGAAAGUGGAAUUUAUAUCCUCUUAAUCUUAGAUUUGUAAACUGCCUGCAGUCCUCUCCCUCCAUUCAAUGUUGCACCAUUUUUGGGCAGUUUAGAACUAAAUAAGGGCCCUUGGUCAUCACAGCUCAGUCCACACUGUCGGAGUGAAGUGCCUUGGCCAUAUCACAGCACCCCUUACAAGUUAUGAAUUGUAUCAUAAUCCAAUACACUAUUAAUAAGAAACAACAAAUUGAGCUUCUUUCUUAAUAAUGUAGUGAUAUUUCUACUGCGAUCACAAGGCCACCUGGCUUGAUUUGUUUUGACAUCCAAAACUGCUUGAUAAAGCUAAAUCCUUCCCUCAACCUAUGUUAAGGGCAGGGCUUAAAACAAGUAACUUUGCUUAUUAAACUGUCCCUUUAACAAUUCUGGGGCAUAAAUGCCACCUUGCUGCUAUAAACUGGAUAAACUCGGAGAAACCUCACGAUUUGUGUAUCUGCUGCUUAAGCUCCUAUUGGUUACAGUGAUUGGCAGAAUGAACCAUUAUAUUGGCAGAUGUGCAAUAUCAGGGCUUCUUUAGGAGAAACCUGGUUAGCGAAGUCGUUGGCCUUGGUUUCCCAGGAAGGUAAUUGGGCUGCCGUGGGAGUCUUGCACUGGAAGAAGACUGUCCCUUUAAACUUGCCAAGUACCAAAACCUCUUUUGCUUGUUAAAGCUGUUUUGGUGUAUCGAUCCUGUCCCUGCAGUCUCACUACUCGAUUCUCUACCAUCAGUUAAAACCCAUUUGUAUUAAGGCUGCUCUUUUCCCGGCAGAGCUUCUGCAUAUUUUUUGUGAUAACCUCUAAAAUGACAUAACUGCUGAGUGUGGGAUGACCCAUGGCUGCAGCUGAAGGCAGUUAUAGUUGUCUGAAUAUCUCCCCUGUGUGUUUGCCACAGUCUUUCUCCCUCUUCUGAUGUCCUCUUGCAGGAGCCAUGUCACUGUUGUAAUCUUGCUUGUGUAAGAGUACAACAGAGGAUCCUUGAAGCCUGCAGGACUCUCAACAUACUGGUCCUUGCAGUGGUUACAGUGGUUUCCAUAGGCAUUAGUAAACUGAUAAAAGUUGCGGGCAGAAGCUUCACAUUUUUAUCAGUUGCGGCUUAAGAUAACCUCUCUGAAUUUUUUUUUAUUUUUUUUUUAUUAUGAAGUGCCAGGCUCUUUAAUAUCGUGCUCAGAAAAAUGGGGAAUCCAAAGGUGGAUACCUCAGAAUUGCACCAAUGACUGCACUGCCAUUUAAACAUGUCAUUUCUCCCCAUGUUUUAUACUGUAGCCCUAGCAUGGACUCUAUAUAAAACUACAAAUGAACAUCUGUCUAGGUUGGAUUUGUAUGGUGUGGGUUUUUAUGCUAAAAUUACAUCUUACACUGAAUCACAAUUGUAAAGGUAGGUUGUUCCUCAAACUGAAAUGAAUACCCUCUUUCAGGAGUUAAGACUGCUUAUGUCCAUAUAAUUUUAAGUGACUUACUGCCUCUCAUUUGCAGCUGGCUUAUGGUCAGGAUGGUCAAUUCAAAGGCUUUGCAGUUGUGGAAUAUGAUUCUGAAGUUGUGACUGAAAUUGUCCAGCAGCAGAUUGAUGGGGCGAUGGUUUGUGGAAGCAAAGUUCGGGUGUCCUUCUGUGCCCCUGGUCCACCAGGAAGGAGUAUGUUGGCUGCACUUAUUGCUGCACAAGCAUCGGUGAGUGUCACUUGCCUUAGACCUUGGUAUAUUGAAGUCCAUCGUUAUUGAACUCUACUACUAGACAUCAUGCCUUAUAUCUGGCUAUUGACCCAAACAAGGCACAAUGGAGGGGAAUCAGAUUGGCAAUACAAUAGUUCUACCACAGAUCCAAUGACCUUCCUCCAUAAGCACAAUCACCGGCUGAUAAGGCAAUUUGGGGUUGCCGGUGUUAAAUCUGUCCUCUUGGUUCAUGCAUAAUUUUGGGCUGAAUGCUUUACCUUUUACCCAGUCUACUAAAAUGUAAAACAUUUGUAUAAAUGGAUAUGGUGGCUUUUCUUUGGGGAUACCAGAAACCCAUGUUGAAACUACUGGCCUCAUGGUUUUGAUUGCAUCUCCUCUCCCUAAUGUUUAACACAUUUUCUAGGACUAGGAAAAUAUUUCCUGUUCACUGGGGAGGGUAGUCGCUUUAUCCAGUCUCUCUAUAUUGUGUGGAUUGUUUAGUAUCUUCAUGGCAUUGGUAAAAGUGUUUAUUUUUAUAGGCAUUAAAUCGUGGCAAUGGACUCCUUCCUGAACCAAACCUCCUACAAAUUCUAAACAGUUUGGGGUCUCCAGCAACACUGCAGCUCCUCUUAAGCCCCCUGCUACAUGGAGCUGCAGGAAAUAAACAAGGUAUGUUACAAUGGUGGGGGGUGGGUUUUUUUUUUUUUUUUUGCAAAUGCUUCAAAGUAGCCUGGAAAUUGACUCAACAGCUGUUAAGCUUCACCCUGGUCACUCUAACCUAUACUUGGUCCUGUGGUGACCAAAUGAGAAGUUUUGGGAGGAGACAGGAGCGGCCUUCAAGGACUUUGCACAUCUAAUGAAAAAGCUAGAUGUAGAUGUAAUAAAGCUGGCUCAUGUUUGCUUAAUUUACAUAACUACUGCAUGUAACUGUUCUUUUUGCAGGAAUCCUUGGAGCUCCCCCUGCACUGUCCCUGUUAUCAAACCCUGCUCUCUCUACUGCCCUCCUGCAGCUGGUACUGCAGGCCCAAACGACACAGGUAGGUCCUAUCUGAGCACACUUGUAAUGCUAUAAAAGUCUGAGAGCAAGCCAGACAUUAUACAACCAUCCUGUUUAAGAUGGUGAAUGGAUUAAUAUCUACAUCUUUCCUCUUCUGCCUACCCAAGCUAUUGGUCACCUAGCAAUUGCAUUGAACUCAUGCUUUCUGUGGGGGAAAGCAUAUCUUUCAUAUAAACAAAAGGAAGACUAGGUAUGGGGCAGUAUAAAAUAUAGCUCUCCUGGGGGACAUGUGCAGAAUAACCCUAUUUGGGUGUCUUCACUCUUAAGCUUGGGAAUUCCUUCCCUUAUCCCACUCCGUUUGUUCACACAUGCUGCUUUUUUUUUUUUUUUUUACAGAAACCUGGAAUUCUGGGAGAUUCCCCUCUUGCUGCAUUAUAUGGAUCUGUGGGCUUGUCCCCCCAGCUUACACCGACUGUUGGGAAAUCACUUCUACCUGACUUGGGAGUUGGUAAGUGUCCUCCCAUAUGUACCAAUGUCUGAUGCAACACAGACUUUGGUGUAACUUGGAAUGUUGUAAGGUUUCACUUAUAGAAUCUUUCUCUUGAUUCAGUUUGUGCAAUCUUGGAGAUGUGUCAAACUAAUAUCUGGACAUACCUCUUCUAAAGUGUCUAACUUCCUGUGCUGUCAAACCAAGAAAUGUCUCCACCAAUCCAGAUAUAACAAUUCUGGCCUGUGGUGUCUUGUUUUACAAUUACCUAUCUAGUAGGUGCCUAUAAUAUUGGUAAAAAUACUAUGUACAGGCACUUUCAUCCGUAUUGGUGCAAAGUAUCAAGGUGGCCCAAAAUACCUCAAAAAUAUACAAAAAAAUGAUACUGCACUCAAAGACUUUAAGAUAGAGUUCAUUACUUAAUUUAAUCAUUAAAUAAAUCAUCUUGGAUGGAUAUAAUUCAUUGGUAAUAUAGACUCUAAAGUCAGAAAAAUGUAUAUAUACACGAUUAAAUCAAACAAUAUGGUUUAGUAGAAACAGUGCAUUAUGAGUCUAAUAUAACUCUAUGUAGCUAAAAAUCCCUGACCAUAAAUUGAAGUAUUCUACUAUAUUGCUGUAUCUGAUAGUCCAAAAAGUACCAUCCAAAAAAAGAAGGGUAAAUAGGAAAAAAGGAAGAAUCAAAAAAAUAUAAAGUAAACAAAUAAUGAAAAAAUGCAAAAAGGGACAUAAGUGUGUAUAUACAGUCCCAGUGUGUAUACACUACAAAAUAUGGGUGGAUCUCACUGCUUUCUAUAGAGGGAUAGGUCCUGUUUUCAAGUUAUCCAUAUUUCUUGAUGUAUAAAUCGUGGUGUAAUAGUAAAUCUUUUUUUCUUUCUCCCAGAUUGUAUGCAAGAGAAGUCCCACACUUGUCCUGGAGGUACCGGGCUAUAUCUUCUCUGCUGGUCCAGGGUCUAAUGGGCAGGCUGCGCGCUCGGGAUCUCCACAAAUCCCUUCAAUGGCCCUGUCAGAGGAAAAAAAUAAUAAAAAUCCCAUACUUAUAUGUAGUUCAGCGCACCCGCUUGAAUGCGCGGGUCGCGCCUAAAUGAUGCCUGCGCAUCAUGCAGACGCAAGCAUCAUGACAUCAUUUAGGUGCGACCCUGCGCCGAACUACAUAUAAGUAUGGGAUUUUUAUUUUGUUUUUUUUUCUGACAGGGCCAUUGAAGGGAUUUGUGGAGAUCCCGAGCGCGCAGCCCGCCCAUUAGACCCUGGACCAGCAGACUAGAAGAUAUAGCCCAGUACCUCCAGGACAAGUGUGGGACUUCUCUUGCAUACGAUCUGGGAGAAAGAUUUACUAUUACACCACAACUUAUACAUCAAGAAAUACGGAUAACUUGAAAACAGGACCUAUCCCUCUAUAGAAAGCGGUGAGAUCCACCCAUAUAUUGUAGUAUGUGCACACUGGGACUGUAUAUACCUAUUUUUCCCUUUUUGCAUUUUUUUUUUUUUGAUACUUUUUGGACUAUCAGAUACAGCAAUAUAGUAUACUUGAUGAUUCAUCAAUUUAUGGUCAGGGAUUUUUAGCUACAUGGAGUUAUAUUAGUAGACUCAUAAUGCACUGUUUCUACUAAACCAUAUUGUUUGAUUUAAGCGUGUAUAUAUUUUUCUGACUUUAGAGUAUAUAAGAUGAUUUAUUUAAUAAUUUAUUAAAUUAAGUAAUGAACUCUAUCUUAAGUCUUUGAGUGCAGUAUCAUUUUUUGUAUUUUAUGAUAUUGGUAGUCCAGCCUCUAAAUAUAGUUCCACCCACCACAUUGCACAUGCAAGGGUGAAAGUUGUGUAUUUUUUUUUUGUGAAUUUAGGAAGCGCAUUUAUGUAGUCUUUAACUGCAAUAAGGCAAGUUUCUCUUCAGUGUAAACCUUGUCAUGCCACUUUAAAUAUAACUAUGCAUUUCUUAAGGGAGUUUAGAGUGAAAAGGAUGCAUCUUAAAAUAGGGUUGCAAAACAAGUGAUGGUUUCCUGCACUCUUAUUCUAGGCUUUCCCUUUAAUUACAGAUGGCUAAAUUGAGUCAGCUUCUGCAGUGCAGCAACUUGCGACUGUAUGGCUCACUUUGUGUUUAGCUGACUACCCGUGUAGUCUGUUUUGUGACCGCAUAAGAUGAUGAUCAUUUUGUUACACUUUUUUGUCUAUUAAAUGCUGUUUUUAAUGUAAUGGGUCUCUGAUGUCUGUCCUUGUACUUUCUAUCCCAGCCAGUCCACUUAAUCCUGUUGGUUUGCCCUCUGACCUGGGUGCACCGUUGACACCUUUUCUAGGACAGAUGGGAUCUGAGUGGGAGAGUUCCACACCUUCAGUUAUGGGCAAUUUGGUUGGAAUGCAAAAGCCAGUGGAACCUACGGUAAUCUUUUGGUGUCAGAUUUAGUAUUCUUUCUGUAGCAUUAAGCAAUUUUGUCUAGGAGAUGUAAUGACAUACAAUGUUAUAUUGUCAGAAACAAGAGGAGCCUUUUAUCCAACUGAAUCUUCAAACUUAAAAUUCCUACAUUUAAUCUGAAUAUGCUUUCAUCAGUCCUCAAUCUGUUUAUAGAUUAUUUUGAGAUGGUGUAUCUGUAAAUGACUUUUAUAGCGCCAGCAAACUCCAUAGCGCUGUACAAUGGGAUUUUGCACCAUAACACAUGCAAGGAGCAAUGGUUUUGAUUCAUGCCAAAGGGACACUUGUCUCUGACUUAAAUUCUGAACAAGCAUGCCAAUUUCCUAAUCUCACUGAAGUUAUAAACCAUCCCCCUCGCAGUACCUGACACAGGUUGAGGAAGCUUUGUCUAAUUCUCUGCUCUUCCAAAUGUGUUUACAUUAUGCUUGCCCUAUGUAAAUCCCUUCCUCAAUGGGGAAUCAAAAGUGCUUAAUUGCAGAUCACAUACCUCCUAGGUGGUCUGUCAGUGGUUUUUGUUUAAUCUCACAUGGCAAAUUUUUUUUUAGAUGUCUCUUCUUGGGGAGCCCCCACGAGACUUGAAACCAGCUCAGUUUAUGGGUUACCACAACAGACUCCACGGCACUGGUUCCAUUGGUAAGUAUUCUAAUUACCUCAUAGUGGUGGGACUCGACUCUAUUCUGGUCAUGCAACAGUGGUUUCCUGAAUCUCUUGUCUCUCUCAGGGUCCUCAAGUAAACAACCUCCAUAUAAACAAAAAUCUAUGAGUGGCCGACAUCCUCCUCCUUCCAUUCAGGACUCCUUAUUAACGCCAUCUGAUGGCUACCCUUACGAAUAUCUAUCGGUUAGUGAUAACUUUACUUAAAUUCUUCUACUGUAGGAAUAGCAGAUGCUUUCUCUUACUGUGUGGCACAUGGUAAGACAUGACAAAUGUGAUUAACCUCCCUGUGUAUUGCUCAUGUGUCACACAUAGUAACGCAUGCUGCGUAUUAUCCAAGAACCACAACAGUAUUUUUUUUGCAGAUGUAUUGAAAGUGAUCUGUAAAGCUUGACAGACCUAAUUCUGUUGGGAGCUUGUAACAAGCGACUUUGUUUGUGGUUUUUUUUAUUUUAUUUUUUUUAUUUUUUAAUGGGGGCAGGGGGUGUAGAUAGACUAGAUGGGCCAUUUAUUACCGCACUGGCUGCCAUAAAGACCUCUGAGGUGCUGAUGCCUUAAGUAUAGUUCUGCAGUAUCCCAGAUCUUAUAUAGGCCUUGCCAGUCUGUUAACUCUGUUCAUACCCAGUGCCUGAAGUAGUCUGCUCCCAAUGGGAUUGACGAUUCUAUUGAUGGUAGUUAAAAUGUAACUGAACUAUGCUGUCUCCAUAUGAGGUUAUGAAUAAAUGGAAUAACUAACGACACUGGCAUGUCUAAUUUUAAAUGCCUGUAUAACACAACAUUGAUGCUGCUGGCUUGUUGCUAUUUAUCUUUGUACCUAUAUCAGCAGGCUGUGUUCAGCAUCUGCAAACAAAGUCCAACAUGGAGUUAUUUUGCUUCCAUUUAAACUUGUAUGUAAUCCAUCUGUUAACAGAAGACGAGGAGAUGGCUCUCCAAUUUUAGCUUUGUAAUGCUAUAACUAACUAGUCGUAUGUGGCUUUCUUCUAGGAUCUGACCCCUCAUGCAUUCUCACAAAGCAGGGAUCACACUGUACACAACUUGGACAGCUAUGAGUCUAGGUUAAAGGUAACCAAUUUAUUUGUCUGCUGUAUGCAUAAGCUCUAUGCCAUGAACUGACCUCAAAGGUUAAAGGACAUGGUCUUUUCUUUCAGAGGCAAAAGGCUACCUACACAGCAUUUAUUUUCACUUCAACCCUAAUGCUUAAAACAAAACUAAUUGCUACAGCAAAACCUUUGAUAACUGUUUUUUGUUUGAAUACAAAAUGUGUAUUGGAAUGUGUUUUAUUUUUUUAUUUUAUUUUUAGUAAUUUACAACUUUAAGAAUUGUUUUGUUGCAGAUCUCUCCACCUUCCAGGUUUCAGGAACGCAGCAAUAGUGUCCCUACCCCUCUGCCUCCAUUUAGUGCUGGGUCUGCAUCAUCUUACUUUACAAGUGGCUUACAGGCUGGGCUCCAGCAGACCCAUGUGAUUAAAGUGAGUACACCAUGGUUGGGCUUGAGGGAGAGUGAAACAAAUGUAAACAUUUACACUAGGUUUUGUUUAACCCCUUAAGGACAUGUCAUUCCCUUUUAUUCCAGAAGUUUGGUCCUUAAAGGUUCUGUUUGGAAUAUUUAACCCCUUAACACAACUACAGAAAAGUUAGAGCAAACAUUUGUGAUGUGGUGAUUGAAUAAGAACCUGUAACUUCCAGAGUUGGGCCUAUUGGCUCCCAGCAUACAUUUAUCCAGUUGGUUGGAAAUCAGGGGGAGAGCUGUGUAGUUUUUUUUUUUUUUUUUUUUAAAUCUCCUAUAUGCUGGGGAGAAUCUCAUGGCGUUGUUCUUAUAACAUUUCAACUUACCUACUAUAAGAUUAUCUUUUUAUGGUUCCUGAGGGUUAACUUAUAACUGUCCAAAAAGUUACCAUUUUUAUUUUUCAGGCACCCAGUCUGACCCCAAGUAGCCCUGGAGGUGUAAUGCUGGGUUUUGAAGAUCAGGACUCUCAAUCUACAAAUGGAUUUAAGGUAUGAGACUGUCUAGACCUUUCUAGUUUUAGACAUGGUUUUUCCACUCCAAUAAAAGUUAUGGUGAACUGUCAGAUCUAGAGAAACUACAGUUCUUUAAACUUUGGUCUGAUGGACUUGUCUUUUGAAAGACUACUUUUAUAGACCGGAGGAACUGAUCACUAUGACAAAUUUAAACUGACUUGUAAACCACUUUUACAAGGCCUCUCUCCCUUCAUACUAAUGUAUCUCUCCUUUCCUCAGACUCCUAUUGGGGCUCAGAAACGAGGCUUUUCACACCUGAUACCGUCUCCAGAGCCAAGUCCUGAGAAUGGAUACAUCGGACAACACUCACAAGGCCUGGGAGGGCACUAUGCGGACUCUUACCUGAAGCGCAAGAGGAUCUUUUAGUGCAAAUGCCUCAAAGCAUAGUGCCUCAUCUGUUUUUGUUUUUAAUUUAUAUUUUUUUUGUUGCCAUUUUUAUUUAUGAAUCCAAUUCUCCAGUAACUACCUCCUAACUGCUGUUACUAUGUGGCAUGUCAGCUUAGGGGUUAUUGAAUGGUGAAUUGUCACAGAAUAUCAUGUAAUUCAAGGACAAAAACUUAUAUUUUUUUCCUUCUGCCCACAAAUUAUGAAUAUGAUUCAUUUUUAUUUAAGUUUACUUUUAACUUCAUUUUUAAGUGUUCUGUAUAGACUUUUAACCUGUUCUGCUAUCAUGGGAUUUUAUUGUUAAAUCUCAAUCUUUACUUUUCUGAAAGUUUAAUUCUUUUACAGUGUAAGGUUUCCUUUUAAUUCGUCUUUCUUUUGUACAGCUAAAUUUCGAUCCUUUUAUUUUUAAUUUGUACUGCUGUGUUUCAGUUUGCUGCGUUUUGAGCCAAAAUCAAAGCCACUUAAGACUAACUUGCCACCUUCCAUUGCAUUUAAUUGCAAGACCUAAGAAAUGCCUUUGAAUUGUCCUGACCCAUGGGAGGUUCUGUAAGGAUAUCUGUAGAUGGCUUUGAUAUCAGUACCUAUGCUGCCAGCAAGCAAAAUAUUACUAGCCCAGCCAGUUCUUGUUUUCAUCUUCAGAAUUUGAUCGCUCCUUAGUCACAUUACAACUGUGCUGCUAUUUCACAUUUUCUUAAUCUGGCGAACAACCCACGAUAUGCAUUCUUCUCCUGCAGGGGCAGGAAUCUAACAGGAAGUGCUUGCAUAUGCUGCAACUUAAGCUUUUUUUAUUUAUUUUUUUCCCCUCAUCACUUUUGAUUUUUAUUGUCUUCUAGUUGUUGGCCUAAUUUAUUCUCCUGUCCUUCAAAAUGCAUUUAUUUGUCUUUUUAGUUUUAUCACUGAGGUGGCUGUAUCACAGGGACAUUGGUUUAUUUAUUACUUUGUUAUUUUUAUUUUCCAUUUUUCGAAACGUAGAAUCCUGUGCUGGAAAGAUCUCUUGCAUACCAAAAGUAAAAAUUAUAUUUAUAACACAUCUGUUUUAUGUUCAUUGGAACUAGAAUGUGAUUACAGUAGUGAGUUUAUACUAUAUUUACCAGAUUCUGAAUUGUGUGGAUUUUUUUUUUUAAAAGAGGAAGGCAAAC